AUGGCUAGUAUCACAUCUUCCGCUUUGAGGCAAGCUGGUCGCCUGUGUCGACACACAACAGCGACCGCUGCCCCUUCGCGAGGCAUUUCCUCGUUGUCAAGGGUGGCAACAGCUUCAGCCCAGAGAUUAUCUCAGCAGCGCAGAUACGUGUCGGAAACGAAGCGUGAUCAUGCACAGGUCAAUGUCGAGACCGCUAUCAAGCUCGACAAGAAGGACUUCAUCGAUGUUGUCCCUCAAUCUCCCGAUUCCUCAAAUGUCAUGGUUAGCCCCAUGGCUGAGGUCCUGAAGCAAGUUACCACGAUGGAAGACGGCCAAAGGCCCAUCUAUCUCGACAUGCAAGCCACAACACCCGUGGACCCUCGCGUCCUUGACUCUAUGCUUCCCUUCUACACUGGUAUCUACGGCAAUCCGCACUCGAGAACACAUGCGUACGGAUGGGAGAGUGAGGAGGCGGUUGAGACAGCCCGAUCGCACAUUGCGAAGCUCAUCGGUGCCGACUCUAAAGAGAUCAUCUUUACGAGCGGUGCUACGGAGAGCAACAACAUGAGCAUCAAGGGUGUCGCGAGAUUUUUUGGCAGAUCUGGAAAGAAGAAGCACAUUGUAACAACCCAAACUGAACACAAGUGCGUUCUUGACAGCUGCCGGCAUCUCCAAGAUGAGGGUUUCGAAGUCACAUAUCUCCCUGUGAAGAGUUCUGGCUUGAUUGACAUGGAAGAACUGGCAGCUGCCAUUCGCCCUGAUACUGCUCUCGUUAGUAUCAUGUCCGUGAACAACGAGAUUGGAGUUAUCCAGCCCUUGGAACAGAUUGGAAAGCUUUGUCGGGAGAGGAAGACUUUCUUCCAUACCGACGCUGCCCAAGCCGUUGGCAAGAUCCCACUGGACGUCAAUGCCAUGAACAUUGACUUGAUGUCUAUCUCAUCUCACAAAAUCUAUGGCCCUAAGGGCAUUGGAGCUUGCUAUGUCCGCCGUCGCCCCAGAGUCAGGCUCGACCCUAUCAUCAGUGGCGGUGGGCAGGAGAGAGGAUUACGAAGCGGCACUCUUGCCCCGCCUCUAAUUGCUGGCUUUGGCGAAGCGUGCCGCAUCGCGCAUGAGGAGAUGGAGUACGACUCCAAGCGUAUCAAGGCGCUUUCCGACCGGCUUCUCAACGGUCUUUUGUCUUUGGAGCAUACCACACAAAAUGGCGAUCCCGAGCAUUUCUACCCCGGUUGCGUCAAUGUUUCGUUCGCCUAUGUCGAGGGCGAGUCCUUGCUUAUGGCUUUGAAAGAUAUUGCGCUAUCGUCUGGCAGUGCUUGUACAUCAGCUUCACUAGAACCCAGCUAUGUCCUCCGCGCCUUGGGCAACAGUGAUGAAAGCGCCCACAGCAGUAUUCGUUUCGGAAUCGGUCGCUUUACGACUGAGCAGGAGAUUGAUUACGUGCUGAAGGCGGUCAAGGAGAGAGUUGACUUUUUACGUGAGCUCAGUCCCCUUUGGGAACUUGUACAGGAAGGUGUCGACCUCAACACCAUUCAAUGGAGCCAGCAUUAA